CUCCCGCUCGGGCCGGGCUGGUGAGCCAGAGUCUGGCCCGAGUUGGCUGGAGCUGUUGCCAUGACAAGCAUUUUCUUAAGAAAGCUCUGCUGUUGAAACCGUCUAAAUCCGGGCGUUGAAAGGGGGCGCGAAGUUCCUGGGAAACCGUCCCUCCGAGAAAAGCAAGACCAGGGACACCCGCCCAGCUCCCUGGCGCCCCUUUCCUUCCAGGAACCUGAGAGGUCCUUCCCUUGGGAGGGCCGGCGGAGACCCAGCCCACUCCCUGGUCUCCGCGGGGAAGGCAGAAGAGACCAGCUAACAACUCCGGCGUGGUUGCCACACUAGGGAGACCGGUGGGUAGACACCCCCCACCGUACCCCUGUCCACGGAAGGCUGGAGGGGGAGUCCCGCGUGCAGAAGCCUGGAUCCUUUGCUAAGAAAAAGAGAGACCCAGUUGUCACCGGUUUCCAGGGAGCCCUUCUCGUUCUCCUCUCCUGCCACCUCUCUGCCACUGCAGUUGCUGGUUGUUGCUAAGGUUGCCUCCAUGGUAACAUGCACAUCCUGUUUAUCCCGCCAUCUGGGAAAGUUGGUCUAAACUAGGAACCUACCUACCCUGGACAACUGCUUCCAUCACCACCUGGGGACACCAGUCAUCGUAACACGUGGUCCGGCUCACACUCAGUUCCCCCCUCCUCUUCCUCCUUUGGCUGACAAGCUUCAUACACAAGAAAGGACCUGGACCACAGGCUGCUGCUCUGAAGCUUCCUGCACAAGAUUUAGUCGGUCUUAUUCGCAUCUGGACUCUCAGAGAAGAAAGAAGUAAGAACUGAGGAAGAGAAACGAGAGACCCUGAAUCAGUGGAAGGGAGAGUUCACAUUUUCUCUGUUGAGGGGCUUGGUAACAGCAGGCAAAAUGACGAACCCAACAGAACACACCUUGCCGUCCAACUCGAUACUUGAGAGCCGUGAAGGGGAGUUUGGCUGCACAGUGAUGGACCUGAGGAAGCUGAUGGAGCUGCGCUCAAGUGAUGCAAUAGACCAGAUCAAUGUCCACUACGGAGGAGUGAUGAACCUGUGCAGUAGACUGAAAACCAACCCUGUGGAAGGCCUAUCUGGGAACCCUGCAGAUCUGGAGAAACGUAAACAAGUGUUUGGACAGAACUUGAUUCCCCCCAAAAAGCCCAAGACCUUCUUAGAGUUAGUGUGGGAAGCCCUUCAGGACGUCACGCUCAUCAUCCUGGAGAUCGCGGCCAUCAUCUCCCUGGUCCUGUCCUUCUACCGCCCCCCGGGGGGGGGAGAUGAACAGUGUGGUCUAGCCGUCAGUAGCCCAGAGGACGAAGGGGAGGCGGAAGCUGGCUGGAUUGAGGGCGCAGCCAUCUUAUUCUCGGUGAUCAUCGUCGUGCUCGUGACCGCCUUCAAUGACUGGAGCAAGGAAAAGCAAUUCCGGGGGCUGCAGAACCGCAUCGAAAAGGAGCAGAAAUUCUCCGUUAUCCGGAAUGGCCACAUCAUUCAGCUCCCUGUGGCUGAGAUUGUGGUGGGCGACAUUGCCCAAAUCAAAUACGGUGACCUGCUGCCUGCAGAUGGGAUCCUGAUCCAGGGCAACGAUCUCAAGAUUGAUGAGAGUUCUCUCACUGGGGAAUCGGACCAUGUCAAGAAGUCCUUGGAGAGGGACCCCAUGCUGCUCUCGGGGACCCAUGUAAUGGAAGGUUCUGGACGAAUGGUAGUGACGGCCGUGGGUAUCAACUCUCAGACUGGAAUCAUUUUUACCCUCUUGGGAGCCAGUGAGGGGGAAGAGGAAGAGAAGAAGAAGAAAGGUAAAAAACAAGGAGUCCCUGAAAAUCGCAACAAAGCAAAGACCCAAGAUGGAGUGGCCUUGGAAAUCCAGCCACUCAACAGCCAGGAGGGGAUCGACAGUGAGGAAAAGGAGAAGAAGGCCGCCAAGCUGCCCAAAAAGGAGAAGUCCGUGCUGCAGGGCAAGCUGACCCGCCUGGCCGUCCAGAUUGGGAAAGCUGGUCUGAUCAUGUCUGCAAUCACAGUUCUCAUCCUGAUUCUGUACUUCGUGAUCGACAACUUUGUGAUCCAGCGCAGACCGUGGCUGGCCGAGUGCACCCCCAUCUACGUGCAGUACUUUGUCAAGUUCUUCAUCAUCGGCGUCACGGUGCUGGUGGUGGCUGUGCCCGAGGGGCUGCCCCUGGCCGUCACCAUCUCACUGGCUUACUCUGUGAAGAAAAUGAUGAAGGACAACAACCUGGUGCGGCACUUGGACGCAUGUGAGACCAUGGGCAACGCCACAGCCAUCUGCUCGGACAAGACGGGCACGCUGACCAUGAACCGCAUGUCUGUAGUGCAGGCUUACAUUGGAGACACGCGUUACCAUCAGAUCCCAGGCCCUGAUGACCUCGUGCCCAAGGUCCUGGACCUUAUUGUCAAUGGCAUUUCCAUCAACAGUGCCUACACCUCUAAGAUUCUGCCUCCGGAGAAGGAGGGCGGCCUGCCCCGGCAGGUGGGCAACAAGACCGAGUGCGCCCUGCUGGGCUUCGUCUCGGACCUGAAGCAGGAUUACCACGCCGUGCGCAGCGAGGUGCCCGAGGAGAAGCUCUACAAAGUGUACACCUUCAACUCGGUGCGCAAGUCCAUGAGCACGGUCAUCGAGAAGCCGGGCGGCGGCUACCGCAUGUACAGCAAGGGCGCCUCCGAGAUCAUCCUGCGCAAGUGUAAUCGAAUCCUGGACAAAAAGGGGGAGGCCGUGCCAUUCAAGAAUAAGGACCGAGAUGAGAUGGUCCGCACCGUCAUCGAGCCCAUGGCCUGUGAGGGGCUGCGGACUCUCUGCAUCGCUUACCGGGAUUUCAACGAUGGAGAGCCCCCGUGGGACAACGAGAGCGAGAUCCUCACUGAGCUGACCUGUAUCGCAGUGGUGGGCAUCGAGGACCCUGUGCGCCCAGAGGUGCCAGAAGCUAUCGCCAAAUGCAAGCGAGCUGGCAUCACUGUCAGGAUGGUGACAGGGGACAACAUCAACACAGCCCGUGCCAUCGCCACCAAGUGCGGCAUCGUGACACCCGGGGACGACUUUCUGUGCUUAGAAGGCAAAGAAUUCAAUCGCCUCAUCCGAAACGAGAAGGGCGAGGUAGAGCAGGAAAAGCUGGACAAGAUCUGGCCUAAGCUCCGAGUGCUGGCGCGGUCUUCCCCCACUGACAAGCACACGCUGGUGAAAGGCAUCAUCGACAGCACUGUCGGGGACCAGCGACAGGUGGUGGCUGUCACCGGGGACGGCACCAAUGACGGCCCAGCUCUGAAGAAAGCAGACGUUGGUUUUGCCAUGGGUAUUGCAGGCACAGAUGUGGCAAAGGAGGCCUCCGACAUCAUCCUAACAGACGACAACUUCACCAGCAUCGUGAAGGCGGUGAUGUGGGGACGGAACGUCUAUGACAGCAUCUCCAAGUUCCUGCAGUUCCAGCUCACCGUCAACGUGGUGGCCGUGAUCGUGGCCUUCACUGGAGCCUGCAUCACCCAGGAUUCCCCGCUGAAGGCCGUGCAGAUGUUGUGGGUUAAUCUAAUCAUGGACACCUUUGCCUCACUGGCCCUGGCCACAGAGCCUCCUACAGACUCUCUGCUGAAGCGCCGGCCCUACGGCCGCAAUAAGCCUCUGAUCUCGCGCACCAUGAUGAAGAACAUCCUGGGUCACGCCGUCUAUCAGCUCACCGUCAUCUUUUUCCUUGUCUUUGCGGGUGAGAAAUUCUUUGACAUUGACAGCGGGAGGAGAGCGCCUCUGCAUUCUCCGCCCAGCCAGCACUACACCAUUAUUUUCAACACCUUCGUGCUCAUGCAGCUCUUCAACGAAAUCAACUCCCGCAAGAUCCACGGGGAGAGGAAUGUCUUCUCGGGCAUCUUCCGCAAUCUCAUCUUCUGCUCAGUGGUGUUGGGCACAUUCAUCAGCCAGAUCAUCAUCGUGGAAUUUGGGGGCAAACCCUUCAGUUGUACGAAGCUCACCCUGUCCCAGUGGUUCUGGUGCCUCUUCAUUGGUAUUGGAGAGCUGUUGUGGGGCCAGGUCAUUUCCACGAUACCUACCCAAUCCCUGAAGUUCCUGAAGGAGGCUGGGCAUGGCACCACCAAAGAGGAGAUCACCAAGGAUGCUGAGGGGCUGGACGAGAUCGACCACGCAGAGAUGGAGCUGCGCCGAGGCCAGAUCCUCUGGUUCCGGGGCCUGAACCGUAUCCAGACUCAGAUCGACGUAAUUAACACAUUCCAGACGGGAGCCUCUUUUAAGGGAGUCCUAAAGCGCCAGACCAUGGGUCAACACCUUGAUGUAAAACAUGUUCCUAGCUCAUCCUAUAUCAAAGUGGUCAAAGCGUUCCAUAGUUCCCUCCACGAAAGCAUUCAGAAACCCAAGAACCAAAACUCCAUCCACAACUUCAUGACCCACCCUGAAUUCACCAUAGAUGAGGAGGGGCCACGAACACCACUCCUGGAUGAGCAAGAAGAGGAGAUUUUUGAAAAGGUGUCUAAGCCUGGGACUAAGACGUCCUCGCCGGAUGGUGAGGUCACUCCACAAACCAACAAAAACAACAAUUCGGUGGAUUGCUGCCAAGUACAAAUUGUUGCUUCCCACCCGGACAGCCCUCUACACAGCCUGGAGACGUCCGUGUGAACUUCUUCUCUGCUUCCCAUUCCUGCCUUCCCUGUCUCCCUUUUCAUCUGUCCCAUCAGUAAGGUGAUGAUGGGAGUUUUCACCAUCGUGUCAGCUGCUCCCAAGUAUGUGUGAACCCUCAUCUGCCAUGAGGAGGCAAGAGCACAGACCUACGAGCAUUUUAACUGAAACUCGAGUUGGGGUUUGCAGCGGGACCCAGUUAAGCCCCAGGCAAGUGAUGAGUGGUGGAUCUGUCCCUCGGAUGUGUCAGUAGUCAUUUUGAAAGAAAUGACGAAAAUUGUCUUGGCGUCUACCCCACCUCCAGUUCUCCCCAACAUCCGUACCCAGGUCACCAGUCUCCUUACUUGUGGAUUUUUACCCUAUGAGUCUAUGCUGUUUAGGAGCUCAGCUCAAAAUUCAGAGCUACAAACGUUAUCAAAUGAAACGUGUUGAGGUAAGAAUGGAAGGUACAGAAUCAGCCUAUAGAGUGAUUGUUUUAAAACAGUUUUUCCAUUUCAAAAACUUAUACCUGAGGCCCUUAACUUCUUUCUGCCCUUCCAAUCAAACCUCCCCACAAUCUCUUGGUCCUUUGUGACCGCCGUCUUCCUUACCUUCACUCUUUUUUAAGUUGUGAUGAUUAAGAAAAUGGAAAGAAUAUAGGUGAGUUGAGUCAACUUUGACCUUUCUCCCUUCCGGCCCCAAUGGAACUCUUGAUUUAUUUCCAGAGAUAGAUAACAUUUCUUUGCUAACGGCCCUUUGGAAGCAGUUGAGAGCAGGUAAUACUAUAUCCCUGUUGUUGCCAGGUUAUCUGCUUCUAAACUGCCAUCUUGUCCAGUGUGUGUGGUUUCUAAGUGCCAGGAAGAUUAGCCUUGACCAUGAAGCUUACACAUACGUGGUUUGUAGUUUUCACCUGAAGCCUGAGCUUCCUCCUGUUCCUAAAGUGGUGGCAAAGGAAUGAAUUAAGAUUGAUCCUGCCUCCUAACUGGACUUGGAUGUUAAGGAACCGAAGCUGGCAGAUCUAGAACAAGACAGACCACCGAAGCCAACUAGGAGUUCUCCUCGGGGUAACCACUGCUGCUUUCAAAGCCAUCUGCUAAGGCUUUUCUCGGGUAGGGCCUGAUCGUUGGGGGAGUGAGGACUGAGAAGGCGUGGGAGAGGCCAAAGUGCCCUUGAGUGGAAUCUGAGAAAACCUUCCUCAGAGAAGCCAGAACCCUGGAGCUCAGGUGACGGGUCAGCUUGGACAUUGCCUUCAGUUUUCGAAUUCUACUCUGCUGUGUCCCCUAGCUCAGCUAGUUGCUGAAAGGGCCCCAGCCUUUCUCAGAUAUUCUGAUUUUGAAAAUAUAUGGCUCCGGUGACACUCUGCUGACUUAAAGGAGCAAAAGGAGGCUCCCCUCCUCGCUCCUGCGCCCUACACCCUGCUCAAGCCCCCUCUAGAACGCUCAGUGCGGCACAGUUAAGCCCUGUGCCUUCUCUCCCUGAGCACUGCCCAGAGCAUCCCCUUCCCCACCUGGCUCUCAGGAGCCAGGGAAUUGGCUAGGAGAUUUUUUAAGUGCUCCUCAGUGGGACGGGGUGGAGCUGCAUUUGCAGUUUCUCCAUUUCUCUCCCUGCUGUGCUGAUAUAAGCUCUCCUGUGCAGGAGUCAGCUCAAGUCCCAUCUCCAUCGGAUAAAUGAAGCCUCUCCCCUCUUUCUCGAGUGAUGGGGAUGGGGAGAAGGGCCUUGAGGUGUCUGGGGACUGCCGCAUUUCCAUCUGGGGGUCCGCUGACCUGAGCUGUCCUCUCCAGCCUUUUCCUGUGGCUCCCUCCCCCCAGCCCCUCUCACCGGAGCUGCCCUAGGAAUGCCCUAGGAAGGUGGCUCCCCCCGCUCCCCCCUCACCGGAGCUGCCCUAGGAAGAUGGCUCCUCCUCUCACUGGAGCUGCCCUAGGAAGGAAAAAUAAAGAAAUGGUACCCCCUGCACAUUCCCAUUAGUACAUCAGCCCCCAAAUCUGAUUCUGGUUUUAUAAAACUUACAUGUUUUAGUGAUCUUUUUUUUCUCUGUCUUCAGUACUAAUGGGGGAAAAAAUAGCUCACCCGAGGUGUUUGAUGUUCACAUAUAUAUUUAUUAAGUAAUUGGAAGAUUUAGUUCUGUCGAGUCUUUUAUUACCUCAGAUCAGUUUUUAAAACAAACUUUGGAGGCUAUUUUAUCAUUCCUGCUCCUGAAAGACUCUCAUGGUGCCUGACGAGUUUCCUCUUGAGGGCUUGUGUCUACUUGUUUAAAGUCAAUGGGAUUUUUUGUGUGUAUUCUAGUUUCCGUAGUAAGAGAGAAAAUAUAGAAAUAUUAUGCAAACAAUAUAUAGUUUUCUUUAGAUCAUAAACUGGUAUUUUUGAGUCAGCCAUGUGCAUUUUGUUUAAAGGAUUUAAAAUAAAGUGUUGCCAUGUAACCCCGUGGAAGGGGGCACAAAACCAACUGCUAGGCACGACAGGUGACUCACAGUGUAUUUGCAAUUGGUUUUAAAACCAAUGCACCAUCCUACCUUUCUCCAAACAGCCAUCUUUAUCCUUAGGGGGAAGAAUUUUGUUGGAUUCUAGAACUUUUUAAUAUAAAUUUUGCUGAUAUGGAAUUGAGCAAGUUUAAGUGCUUAUGUGCAUAUAUUUUUUAUAUGUGGUUUUUUUUUCCUAUUCAGUUUCAGUGAUCCAACCGGCAGUGAAUAAAUAUGGCAUAAGUUAAUAAAGCUUUCCCCAAAAAAUGGUGCUUUGGAUUUGAAAAGAGUCUGAUGGGGAAAAGGGGGAAAUAUUAUCCUAUCCUUGGUUCCUCUCUUGAUAAAACUAGAAAAAUGGGCAGUAGAUUACCAAUGGGAAGGAGGGCAUCCAGGAAGAAGGAACAGCUGGCAGGAAAUAAGUGCACAUCCCCAUGGAAAUGGGUAUCAGGAAGUAGUGAUCAGGAUCAGGGACCUCAGGUAGAUUUAUAUUUCUUGAAGAAGAGCUAGCAGAGUGGUACCCAAGACACUUGGGCUGCACGGGUACUCUGAUUUGGGGGUUGCAUUUUUUACGGUUCUUUCACCUCUGGUUGCCCCUGGAGUUUUCCAUUAGUGAUUUUUUUGUGCAAGGAUUUGAUUUGAGACUUCUCCCCCUCCCCUAAAAAAGUUUCAUGCAAUAUAUUAGAUGGGAGAUAAUAGCUCUACAUGGAAAAAUAAAGGCUGGUUCUAGCCCUAGGUGACAAUCUUGACUAGAUCCUUCCCAUAGGUGUCCUCUGCUUCUAAAAUGACUCUCCAUCUCUAAGUGUGGUAGAGAGACCAAGAAAUCCCGCAGGCACUUGUGAGUUCUUCAGGGUUUGCAUUUCUUCUUCCCUUGAGCUUCAGAGGGGAGAGUCCGCACAGUUAAAUCUGAGUGAUUACCUCACUGCCAAAACCCAGGGGCAUGGCAAGCUCACAUGUGUCCUGAAACCUCUAAACUUCUUCUCUUUCCUGUCUUCCCUGCCUAGUGACUGAAGCAGCCCGUGAUGCCAUCCCAAAGUGCACACUUCCUCUUCCUCCCUCUGCACAGCUGGGGACCCUCACUGCAGUGGUGGGGGUGGGACCCUCUGUAAAUGCCUGCUCUUCUUCAGCCUUUACAGGCUCUUCCUCAGAACAGACCAGACACCCCUCCGUUUAGCUCAGUGCUGCCCUUACCUUCCCAGCCUGCUGGUAGACCUGCUGUCCCCUUUCCUCCUGAUUAGGAGAGGUGGGGGGAGGUGAGCUCCCCAUGACUGAAUUGGCCUUUGGUUCAUGUUUUCUCCCUGUAUGUAUAUAUGCCAUAUGUGAGUAUGCCAUAUAUAUGUGCCAACAAACCUAUCUACAUUGUUUCAAAUUAGCACACAGAUAGGGAUUUUGAGUUUCUUUUUUUUUUUUUUUCUUUUCAGUAACUAGUAUAACAAGCACUGGUAUUUUGUAUAAAAGAAAAAAAAAACAAAACAGAAGAUUGAUUAUCGUGAUCUGCAUGACAUACACAAAUGGUGAUAUCAAAGCGAUGUGUACCCCAGUGUGUGUGGCUAUAAUCUACAGUUCAGCUAAGCGUUACACCCAAUCUGUAUUUGCAUUUUAAUAUUAUUUAAGCUCUCUGUACAAUGUUUUGCAUGUAUUUAUAUGGUUCUUAGGAAAAAAAUGCUAUAAAUAACAAUUCUGAAAUUCAAAUACGUUGUUCCAUUGAGACAGGAAGAAUGGAAGGGGAGUUUUAAAAGAAGGAAAAAAGAGAUCUUUUUUUUUUAGAACCAAUGAAGCUGUUGCUGAUGAGCAGAAACCAAACUAUUGUGCACUGAGAAUAAAAGCCAUGCCCACUUGUGA